CAUUAUUUGAAUUGAUUCGACAGCAACUAGUAAUAUGCUCACUGCUGCUACUAAUGGAGGAAAUGCUGUUCAUACCAAAAUACAGACCGAGUCUAGACAGGAUGUACAGUUUGUGCGCAAGGAAUUGGACACUGCCAUAUCAGAAGCUGUUCAGAAACGACGACAACAGUUUCAGACAGUUUCGGACGCUCGCACUCGUAUUAUUGCAGCCAAAAAGCUUCGCUCUACCACUGGAGUGACAGAUAAACAACCUCCUAGAGCGGAUGUUGAAGGUGUUCAACUGGAAGUCGAACGUCGUUUAGCACAGUGGAUCAACUUGACAUUUGAAUAUGCUGCCUCGAAUAUCGAGGUCAAUGGAAUGGAUUUUAACAAGGCAUUUGAAGAGGUUCAAGAAUAUGAACCUAUUGAUGAGGCAUUAAGACAAGAGGCAGAUGAAUUGCAUACAAGUGUCCAAAGUGCACUUGUACGAACAACCCAGAUGAGAAGAGAGAUUCCACAACAGUUAGAAUUGAUGAUCUCAGACAGUGUUCAAAUCUUGACAGAUAUCACUAGCAAGGCUGCGAUGGUUGAACCUCAGGCUGCUGGCCACGAACCCAUUCCGGAAUUUGGUAUUCUAGACAACGAGUUUGAUGAAGUUGAGCGCGACUAUUCUGAUAUUUCCACUACAUGCAAUCAAGUUGACAAGUUGGUGGUGCUCAAGUUGGAAAAGGCAGAAAGAGCUCAACGGACUCUGGAUAGUCUUAAAGUUCCACCAGCAUCUGAAAUUUCCACAGAAGCUCUACAGAAACGACAAACUCCUCGUGGUAAUCAUCGAAAGAGUUUUGCUGCAAAACAUGCAGUUACACCUCGAACAGCUCGAUUUGGUUUAUUGAAGCGACUCGAAGCAGAAGCCAGUUGUAAUCUACAUACUUUAACCGAUGAAUCUGAAAAUAUCAAAUCUGAAUUGGCAGACACGAACUCUUGACUAAUCAACACACUACAAAAAUCCGAUUUAUGGAAUUAUUGGAUUGAAAAGCAAUAUUAACAAGUUAUGGAAUGGCAGCAAUAAAUAAAAUUUGAGGUUUUCCUCUAGUUUAACAUCAG